AUGUAUAGAUACGAUGAAUCCAAUCAGUCCGCCUCAGCGCCAGAUGUGUGGAGCUUCUUCGAGCAGGAGACUGGUGGGAGGGCGCGCUGCGUAGUAUGUCGAGCCACUUUACCGCACCGUGCCAAAGAACUCAAACACCAUUUAAAAGAGAAUCAUCCGAAACUUGCACAGGACUUCGACGAUGAAUCCGAAAACGAGGAAGAUCAAAGUAAUGACACCUACACUGAAGUGGUGUACCUAGAAGACGACACCAGGAAGACACCCAAACGUGAUGCGCAGGUCAUUAUGAAAAGACGGCAUUCUGUCAAGACACCCCACCCCACCCCUAUUUUAAAGAAGGUAAAGAGACGAAAAAGCAGUUCAUCCGACGAUUAUCCGCUCCGAAACAAGAAAAUCAAUAAUCAAGAUGAUGAUGAUGAUCAAAUAGAAAAAUUCGGCACUUACAUUACUUGCCUCCUUAAAAAAAUGCCGAAAGACGUCUGCACGAAACUACAAAUGGAUAUCAUAAACUUGAUAAUGACCGCAAAACUAAAACUACCCUCCGAAACGCCGGUAGAAAACAAAGUGAUUCUUGAAGGUGUGCCGGUCGCGAUACAGACUGUUAACGCUGUGCCUGGCACGGGUUAUAUCGUAACUGUUCCGACAAGUAGUAGUGAAGUUAAUAAAGAAACAGUCACAGUCACAAACUGUGAAGUGAAAAAUGAUCCGCUAACGCAGGAUAAUAGGGAUAUGCCAAAAAUCACUGUUACCAGUCCAGUGACGCAGGAUGUGACGGUGAAUAACUGUUGA